GGCCCCAGGGGCGCCGGGGCAGGGGCUGCCGAGUCCAAGGAAGGAGGCGAGCAGCCCGGAGAUGAGGAGGGUGGUGACAAAGCAAAGCCAGAGGGCUCUGAUGGAGAGCGGCGAGGAGUCAAGAGACAACGGGAUGAAAAAGAUGAGCACGGCCGUGCUUACUAUGAGUUCAGGGAGGAGGCCUACAACAGCCGAUCCAAGUCUCCCCCGCCACCUGAAGAGGAGCCAAGAGAAGGGGAAGAUGAUGAAACUGUCGUGAUCCUGGACACAUACACUUCUGAUCUCCACUUCAAAGCAAGCAAGGACCGCUAUGGAGGACAGCCGCUUUUCUCAGAGAAGUUCCCUGGCCUUUGGUCUGGGGCAAGGAGCACCCAUGGCGUGACGAAGGGAAAAGUCUGCUUUGAGGCAAAGGUGACACAGAAUCUCCCUGUGAAGGAGGGCAGCACAGAGGUCCCGCUGUUCCGGGUUGGAUGGUCUGUGGACUUCUCUCGUUCGCAGCUAGGUGAGGAUGAGUUUUCAUAUGGCUACGAUGGACGAGGGUUGAAGGCUGAAAAUGGGCAGUUUGAGGAGUUUGGUCAGCCUUUCGGGGAGAAUGACGUGAUUGGUUGCUUUGCUAACUUUGAGAGUGACGAGGUGGAGCUCUCCUUCUCCAAGAACGGGGAGGACCUGGGUGUGGCCUUCCGGAUCAGCAAGGAGGCCCUGGCUGACCGUGCACUCCUGCCCCAUGUCCUCUGCAAGAACUGCGUGGUGGAGUUGAACUUUGGCCAGAAGGAGGAGCCCUUCUUCCCAGUCCCUGAGGACUAUGUGUUCAUCCAUGCUGUGCCAGUCGAGGACCGCGUGCGCACACCACUUCCGCCCAAAACCAUAGAGGAGUGCGAGGUGCUGCUGAUGGUGGGGCUGCCAGGAUCUGGAAAGACCCUGUGGGCACAGAAACACACCGAGGAGAACCAAGAGAAGCGAUACAACAUCUUGGGAACAGAGACCGUCCUGUACCAAAUGAGGACGAAGGGAGUGGAGGUUGAAGAGAUGGACCCCAAGAGCAGAGACCUGUUAAUCCAGCAAGCUGCCCAGUGCCUUAGCAAGCUGGUCCAGAUUGCUCCCAGGGCAAAGAGGAACUUCAUUCUUGAUCAGUGCAAUGUGUACAACUCUGGCCAGCGACGGAAGCUGCUUACCUUCAAGGGGUUUUCUCGCAAGGUCAUUGUGAUUGUCCCCAAUGAAGAAGACUGGAAGAAGAGGCUGGAGCUUAGGAAGGAGGCGGAAGGGGAGGAUGUGCCCGAAUCUGUGAUGCUGGAAAUGAAAGCCAACUUUUCACUGCCGGAGAAGAACGAUUACCUGGAUGAGGUGAUCUAUGGGGAGCUGGCAAAGGAAGAGGCCCAGCCCCUGGUCACCAAGUACAAAGAGGAGGCCCGUAAGCUGCUUCCGCCCUCGGAGAAGCGGGCCAACCGCCGCAACAACCGCAACAAGCGCAACCGGCAGAACCGCAACCGUGGCCAGGCCUAUGUUGGCGGGCAGCGUCGAGGCUAUGACAACCGUGCCUAUGGGCAGCAGCAGUACUGGGGACAGCCUGGAAACAGAGGGGGUUACCGCAACUUCUACGACCGAUACAGAGGGGACUACGACAGGUUUUAUGGACGCGACUACGAGUACAACAGAUACCGAGAUUACUACAGGCAGUACAACCGAGAGUGGCAGAACUACUACCAGGACAGAGACCGGUACUACAGGAACUACUAUGGCUACCAGGGGUACCGGUGAAGUCCCGGCCGUCUGCACCCUUCAGCCAUGCAGCUGAACACGCGGGGGCCCCUGCCACUCCCCGAAACACAACCAAUGGAAACAGGGCUGUUGGGGGGAGAGCGGCGGCGGGGGGAGGGGGGGAGGAAAAAAAACACACAAAAAGAAGAAGAAACUGUAAAUUUUUUUUAAAAGUUUGUUGAAGAGAAUAUUGUCUUAUUCUAUAAAACAUUUCAAACCUAGUUAGACAUUUGUAAUCAGAACGUGUGCGCAGGGUGCAGCACUUAGCGCUGCCCAUCCUGUUCCCUGUGGUGACUGGGCAGGAGAACUACGUACCUUUGAGCGACAUCCUGGAGCAGCUGGGCCAGCGGCUGGCAGGGAGGCACGAGGCAGCGGCAGGAGGACGAGGCGAGAGGCACAGGCAGGCAGGAGGGGCAGGGGGUGUGAGCAGGUGACUCUGAUCAUUAGCUUGCAAAACUAAUCUUGCAAACUAUCCUUUGCUAACCUGGCUUUGGCGGGGGGUGAGGUGCAGGGGACUCAGACCACCGCAGCUUGAGGCGCAGGUAGAGAAGGGAUCGCAUUGACCUUGGUUCCCACUGCAUCUGGCGGGCGCCGGGUGCUACCACACCACACCCCAGGCCGGGAGCCUUUGCCUUCACCCACUGUUGAAUUUCCCCACAGGAGUGCAGGUCGCCUGUCCCCGCAUUCUCAGCCGGCACCAGUGGCCUCGCAGUUCCCCCACCCCUCCCCGAGGCAGCUUCUCAUCUCUAGAGCGUCUGUCUGGGCAGUGGCGGAAGAGAAGGAACAUUUCUCAGGGUUUCUGCAGGAUCUUUUUUUCGUGAGCGUGUGGCAUGUACAUAGGUGACCCGUGCCACGUGUCACCUUGCCUGACAGGUAGCCGAGAGGGCAUAGCCAGUGGCCCCCGCGGUGCUGGCAGUGCAUAUUUAGGAAGCCGGGGUGGUGACAGCGGGCAUCUCACCCACCCUCUCUCUGCUCCAGCGCUGCCUUCUCUGCCUGCACAGCCUGGCCCCAGAGGAGGGGGGGUGUUCCCUAGGAUCCCUCCCCUGCUUGGGGCAUGAAAUUUGGGAUGUCCUUGGUCUCCUGCCGCACCGCAGGGAUGGAGGGGGGCCCUUCCCCAGGCAUGUGCCAGGCAGCUUGGGGGCGGGGGCAGCUGCUCCCGAGGGCAUAGGGAGCCCGUUUGCAGCAGUGGUGGAUGCGGCCGGUUUGUAUUUUUUGCAGGGGAGGGAGGGGGGCGGGGAGCGCGGUUCAACUUUUCCAAUGAUGAUAUUUAGUGUUGAUCUGUAGGAUUCUCUCUCUGCGUUGUUUCAUUCUCGUCCACCCAUCUCCUUCCCUGCCACAGCCAGGCCGGGGGGGGGCCCUUUCCCAGUGAACAGGACGCCUCCUAGGAAGCAAAUUGUAAAUACUCUUGGUCUGAGCGCCCGUGACUUCCCUCUGCUGCUUGUGAUUCACUGUUUGAAAUUCAAACAUUUUUACUUUGUUUCAAGAAUUGGAUUUUCCUUUUUCCUUUUCUUUUUCUUUUAUCGCUGUUACUCUUCUCUGCCAGCCAUUGCAAGCUGUCCCGUCCCCGGCACCCAGCCCAGACUCGCCUUUCCUUCUGCCCACAGCCGGAGACCGCAGCCGGGGGCUCCCGGCUCUGUGCCACUCGCAAAUCCAGGGGCUUUGGGGAAGUGGGGGUGUAGCUCACAGCGUGACCCUUUUUAUAACAAAGCCACAGGUGUUUUAAAUGCUCCAGGCCACUAGAAAAUCUGCUUGGGACAGGGGAAGAGGGGGAAGAGAGAGCAGGAGCUUUCUAGGGAGCCCUGGGCACAGAAGCGUUGUCCGUGGCACCGUGGGGAUUUCUGGAGGGGGCCGUCAACUGUUCUCGGAAUGACUUUUGAAGCUGUAAUCCUUUUUAAAUAAAGAAAUAAAUACAAAAAAAAAACAAAAAAAGAGAACCUUUUCUGGGGGUGACUAGAACUACCACGUCCUUGUCCGUCAGACCAAGAGACCUUUAGCGACUUCGAUAGAUGUCUUUUUUUCCUCUGCACAUUAUUAUUAUUUUUUUUUGUUAAAAAAGAAAAAAAAAUCGAAAAAAUGUAAAUGGUAAAGGAAGAACUUUGCAGCCUGUUCUUAUAAUUUUUUUUUUUUUAGCUCCGUUUAGUGUUUCACGCUCGCUCGUACGUCUUAGUGGCUGUAGAGGGGAGAGCGCGGAGGCUGUGACUGUCUUGACGACCUGUAAAACGUUUUUUGAAGUGGCCAGUAAAAAAGGGUUUGACCAUUGACCAUGUUACCGUGUGUGGUUGUUUACAUCUGUAACGCUUCUUUUUUCCUUCGGCUUCUGGCAAAUGUAGGCGAUUGAUCGCUGCCGUUUUUAGAAUAAAUAACCGUUGGCUUGAC